AUGAAAUUGUUGCCUUGCAUUGUUGAUAUUAAUGACUCAAAAGUUCAACAAAUUGAUGAUCAGUGGCGUAAACUACCUAUAUCUGCAACAUUAAUUCCUGAAGACAUUGAAUUUGAAGUUCAAAUAGAUAUAUUUUGGUGGAAGAUAAUGAAUCACAGUAAUGAAUUUACAGAGUUGUGUGAUUUUGUUUUGGCUGUACUUAGCUUGCCACAUGCAAAUGCAGAUUAUGAGAGGAUAUUUUCUUCAAUAAAUGGUCUUAAGACAAAAAUUAGGUCCAAGUUAAUUACACAUACAGUAAGUGGAGUCUUACAUACAAAACAGUGUAUUACAAGUGGUCGUGAGAGUAACCAGAAUUGCACCAACUUCGAACCAACUUCCGAUAUGUUGAGCCGAAUGACUUCUAAGUCAUUGUACAUAAAAACAAAUGAAGAAAAAGAAACAGAAACCAGCGACGAUACUACACAAGAAACAAUAGAAUUAGUUAUUUGUUAA